AUGCGGCAGCCCCCGCUGUCCCACCAGCAUCUCCCGCUUGUCGCCCUCCUCUGCUGCAUCCCCGUGCUGCCCAUCAGCCCGGAGUCUGCUCCGCUCGCAGCUAUUGGCCAUCAAACUGAUACACUUUCUUUAAUGGUUGUCCUUUUUUUACCGUUUUUAGCUCCCGAGUGCUCCCCGGAGGGCCACCGCGUCCUGCGCAGCCCCUACCGCAGCGUCCGGUUCGACUCGCGGGAGCUGCAGCCGGCGGCGACCCGGGACCUGGUCUGCGAUCACUCCCUGCCCCGCGCCUGGUACCGCUUCAUGAUCCACGACAGGCCUGCAGAAAUGCCAACAAAAUGCAUAGAAAUGAACAAGUGCGGGACACAGGCCCCGGUGUGGCUCUCGCUGGGCUCGGAAGCGCUGCCGGCCGCCGGACAACGCAAGGAGCUCACGGCCUGCGCCACGUGGCGCCUCCUCCUCGGCGGCGCCCAGGACUGCUGCGCGUUCCGCAUCCCCGUGGCCGUGCGCAACUGCGGCGCCUUCCUCGUCUACCGCCUGCCGCCCACCCACGGCUGCAUGGGCUACUGCGCCCAAGGUGAGGGCACCCAACGCGGUACCAACGAGCCCACCUCCACCUCCCUCGCUGGGAGCGCGAAGGGCCCACAACACGCAGCACAGCGACCUUGCAAGUCAAGCACUGCCCCCAGCACCAAAAUAAAUUCCUGA